CCACGGCCCGGACAGGUAGAGACACACGGAAUCGGGUGUCAAUUUAGGGCGGAAGGCAACCCUAACCAAGUGGGGAUCGGAUCGUCGCCGCCAUGGACGAGAAGGAGGAGGAGACUCGACGCCUCGUCGGAGUCGGUCCAACGACGCCGGUGUUCUAUAAAUCAGAUACGCGUGCUAGGGAGAAGGAGAAGGAGAAGUUGACGGAGGGGAAGAUGGAGAGGGCGAAAGCGAAGGCGGAAAGGCUGCGGAGCUCCAAGGCGAUGAGGAAGGCCUACUACUGCACCGAAUCUACUGAGGAGGUGGCUCGUCCCCUCCAUGAACGCAAACCAGUGGUUGGGUACCCCAUUCCGUUUGUUCUGGCGGAUGAGACGGCGCCUCGCCGCUCAUGCAACUGGCUGCGGCUGCUGCCCUUCCCCCGACCGGAUCCCGAGCCCAUCCGUUCCGCUAAGGCGUUGAAAGCUCAGUAUGACGAGUUCAUCAGGUGGAAGAUGCCACGCUCGCAAGUCAGAGCUAUGAAUCACAAGAUUGUGCUACAAUGCCUCGAGUGGUACAACUCCAAGCAUCCGGAUGAUGAGUACGAACCUGCCCCUGGUGUUGUGACCAGAUGCAGUGAAUAUAACAAGUCACUUAUAUGGACUCAUGGCAACUUUGUGGCUCGUCGGAAGGACUCUAGCUGCCUCCCAUUCCUGCCUGCUCCACGAACUCUCUUCUUUUUUGAGCUCGUUGAUAGAGAUGGAGACGGUGUCGAUGAAGUUAACGCAUGCACCCCUAUAGAUGAACCAGUUACUGAAGCCUACACUUUCCUUGGUUUCCCUCUUGGGUGGGGUACUCGUCGUCAUGGUGGAGCCGAUUGCGUUUGCAAGACAUGCUACCGUCAAUUUCAUGUUCCACAUAUUGGUCUGAAGAGGACUUGUGCAUGUGGAGAUGGCAAGGUGGAGAGUGUAUGUAAAAUGUGCUACCUUGACUCUGAUGUGCUGCACCCAAUCAGAGGAGGAUUCACUUUCGGCCAAGAGAACUUUGCCAAGCUUCGUUUGUAGAGCGAUAUGGGACAUGCCGGCUCGAAUGCCCUAUGUAAUUUAUGUCGUAGUAUGGUGAGGUCGUCUACUUUGAACUUGGAAACUUUGCCAAUCAUGGUUUGUAAGUUGUUAUCCUUGUUACUGUUACUAACUUGCUUCAAGACAUGCGAGAAUAAAAAUCUGUCUUUGAUGCUA